AUGUUCAAGCCCACGCCCUCUCUCCAGAACACGAUACGGCGUCUGCCACUCUCCCCGAAACAGGCCGGCAAGGAAUACUACAAGGGAAACAGCGUAGGCUCCAUGGGCACAAUCAACCAACACGGCAAAUUCAGCCCCGACUGGAGCAAGAUACGGACAUAUGCCUAUCCUCUAUACGGGACCAACAACAGCGAGUUGACACCCUUUGUGGACGCAAAUGUAGAAAAAGUACGAGACUUGGACUCUGGCAUAGCACAAAACUACCCCAAGCGAUUCACUGGCGAGGAUUACCUGAGGGCGUGGAAGCUCUCGGGUGGAUACGAUGCCGUAGAGACUGCCGAUGGCGCUGCGGAUGCGAACAAGAACAUGCCCACACCUUUCGAAGAGAAGCCUGCGACCAAGUCAUGA